CAGAUCUAAUGCGAUGAUGCCAGGCAAGUGGAGCCUAACACUGGCGUACCCCUCAGGCGCGAAAGGAUGAUGGCGGAAUCGCACCCCACCAACUACGCCAACGUAACCACUUUCUACUUCACGCUCUACGAUGAAGUCAAUAAGCGAUAUAUUAAUGACAGCAACAGCACAGAGCCGUUUCAAUCGUUCAUACUACCAUCAUGGCGGCAGGCGAUAUGGACGCUGGUCUUUGCCUUCAUGGUGGUGGCGGCUACUAUCGGCAACCUCGUCGUCAUCUGGGUCGUGCUGGCCAACAAGAGGAUGAGGAGCGUCACGCAUUACUUCCUAGUGAACCUGUCAGUGGCCGACGCGAUGGUGUCCACCCUGAACGUGACCUUCAACUUCACGUACAUGCUGCACUCCGAUUGGCCAUUCGGCGACUUCUACUGCAAGUUCUGUCAGUUCAUCGCCGUGCUCAGCAUAUCUGCCUCGGUGUUCACGUUAAUGGCGAUCAGUAUAGACAGAUACGUUGCUAUCAUCAGCCCACUCCGCCCACGAUUGGGCAAGCGGGCAACGCUGGGCAUCGCUGCUGCCAUCUGGGCUGGCAGUUCUCUCAUCAGCAGUCCCAACCUUGUGUACUUCACUACCGACACAGUUGACCUACCGGAUGGGACUAGAAGACGCGUAUGCUUCGCGAAAUGGCCAGAUUACAACAAAGCUCCUGUUUCACUGUAUGACUACUAUUACAACGUAGCGUACAUGAUCCUGACGUAUUUUGUGCCGAUCAUAUCCAUGAUGUACACAUACGCUCGUGUCGGCAUCGAGCUGUGGGGCUCUAAGUCCAUCGGCGAGUGCACACAGGCGCAGCUGGAGAGCGUCAAGAGCAAAAGAAGGGUAGUAAAGAUGAUGAUAGUAGUAGUGCUGAUCUUCGCUGUGUGCUGGCUGCCAUUCCACGUGUACUUCGUGGUGACGGCGUAUUACCCGGAGCUGACCAACCAGGAGUACAUCCAGGAGGUGUAUCUCGGCAUCUAUUGGUUGGCGAUGAGCAACUCUAUGUUCAACCCUAUGAUAUACUGCUGCAUGAAUUCAAAAUUCCGUAGAGGUUUCAAGCAGUUUUUCCGCUGUUACCGCACGCUGGGCCCGGGCGGGCUGCGCAGGCACCGUGCCUUCGGCACGGAUCGGCUCGAGCGCUCCGGACACAGCCUCUCGCCUAGCAGGAAAAACGGUACAAGUACGAUCAGAAUGUCGAUGCACAGCACGUACAACAAUACAAUGGCGAUGUCCACCUGACAACGGCGUCGCGCGUCCGCCGCGCCCGGCGAACGAGCGACGACUGAAGUCGAGCGCACGUGGAUAUGACGCGCCCACCCCCCGCGACCUUACCUCACCCCGCAAGAUCUCUACGCGUAAGCUGAUUGGUCAACCAAAUAUAGUGACGGUUGGCUAUAAAAUGUAAAUGAAUGUGCAAUGAAAAGUUU